ACAUCAACGAGCUCAACCUGCCCAAGACCUGCGAGAUCGACUUCUCCGACCAGGACGACCUCCUGCACUUCCGCCUCCUCAUCUGCCCCGACGAGGUGGGGACCCCCCCUGUAGAGGACUGGAAGCCUGUCCUGACGAUAAACUCCAUCAUCUACGGCCUUCAGUACCUCUUCCUGGUGAGCACCUCGGGGUUCCCCACGCCGCGCCAGAAGCUCGAGGCGCAUGAGAAGAAAAUCAUCGUUGACAUCAAGAAGAUGGCCAAGCAAGGCCAGAUGGACGCGGUGAAGAUUAUGGCGAAGGACCUGGUGCGGACGCGGCGCUAUGUGAAGAAGUUCAUCACCAUGAGGGCCAACGUCCAGGCCGUGUCCCUCAAGAUCCAGACCCUCAAGUCCAAUAACUCCAUGGCCCAGGCCAUGAAGGGCGUCACCAAGGCCAUGGCCACCAUGAACCGACAGCUGAAGCUGCCCCAGAUCCAGAAGAUCAUGAUGGAGUUCGAGAAGCAGGCGGAGAUCAUGGACAUGAAGGAGGAGCUGAUGAACGACGCCAUCGAUGACGCCAUG